AUGUCAGGCUCUGGGCGAAAAGAUUUUGAUGUGAAGCACAUCCUGCGACUCCGCUGGAAACUCUUCAGCCACCCGUCGCAAUCCCCCGGCGCUCCGGCCGGGGGCAGCUUCCUGCAAGAAGACGGCAGCAGCAGCUUCGAGCACUGGGGACCCAGCCAGAGCCGCCUGCUCAAAAGCCAAGAGAAGGGCAGCGUGAGCACUUUCUGGAAGAAGCCUUCCUCUUCUUCCUCCUCUUCUUCUUCUGCCUCCCCGUCCUCUUCCUCCUCUUCCUUCAACCCAUUGAAUGGCACCCUGCUGCCAGUGGCCACGAGGCUGCAGCAAGGGGCGCCCGGGCAGGGCACCCACCAGCCGGCCAGGACUCUCUUCUACGUGGAGUCCCUAGAAGAGGAGGAGGUGCCAGGCAUGGACUUUCCUGGACCACACGAAAAAGGGCUUGUCUUGCAAGAGCUCAAAGUGGAACCGGCCAACUCGAGCCAGGCAACAGGUGAAGGAUGUGGACGCAGGCUGUCAGCAACUAGCCAUUCUCUGACACCUCAAAGUGAUAUGGACUCCAGUAGCUCUGAAGAAUUCUAUCAGGCUGUGCACCAUGCUGAGCAAACCUUCAGAAAAAUGGAAAGUUACUUGAAACAACAGCAACUCUGUGAUGUUAUCCUGAUUGUUGGGAACCGAAAGAUACCUGCACAUAGGCUUGUUCUGAGCUCAGUCUCCGACUAUUUUGCUGCCAUGUUUACAAGUGAUGUUUGCGAAGCCAAGCAAGAGGAGAUCAAGAUGGAAGGCAUAGACCCAAAUGCUCUCUGGGACCUUGUCCAAUUUGCAUAUACAGGUUGCUUGGAAUUAAAGGAAGAAACCAUUGAAAACCUUCUUGCUGCAGCUUCCCUUCUUCAGCUUCCUCAAGUAGUAGAAGUGUGCUGCCAUUUCCUCAUGAAGCUCUUGCAUCCAUCUAACUGUUUAGGAAUCCGAGCAUUUGCAGAUGCUCAAGGAUGCAUUGAAUUAAUGAAGGUGGCCCACAGCUACACAAUGGAAAACAUAAUGGAAGUUAUGAGAAAUCAAGAGUUUUUACUGCUUCCAGCUGAGGAGCUCCAUAAACUCCUGGCCAGUGAUGAUGUCAAUGUCCCUGAUGAAGAAACCAUCUUCCAUGCAUUAAUGAUGUGGGUCAAAUAUGACAUGCAGAGGAGAUGCAAUGACUUGAGUAUGCUUCUGGCCUUUAUAAGACUGCCACUGCUUCCACCUCAGAUAUUGGCUGACCUAGAAAACCAUACAUUAUUUAAGAAUGAUCUGGAAUGUCAAAAGCUGAUUCUGGAAGCAAUGAAAUACCAUCUAUUGCCAGAAAGAAGAACUUUAAUGCAAAGUCCAAGAACUAAACCUAGAAAAUCUACAGUUGGAACUCUGUAUGCAGUGGGAGGAAUGGAUAACAACAAAGGCGCUACAACCAUAGAGAAAUAUGACCUCAGAACAAAUUUGUGGAUCCAGGCAGGGAUGAUGAACGGCAGGAGACUGCAGUUUGGUGUGGCUGUUAUUGAUGACAAACUCUUUGUAAUUGGAGGUCGAGAUGGCUUAAAGACAUUGAACACUGUUGAAUGUUACAACCCCAAAACCAAGACUUGGGCUGUCUUACCACCAAUGUCAACACAUAGGCAUGGUCUAGGUGUGACGGUACUAGAAGGACCUAUCUAUGCCGUUGGAGGCCAUGAUGGCUGGAGCUAUCUGAACACAGUGGAGAGGUGGGAUCCUCAGAGUCAGCAGUGGACAUUUGUAGCUAGUAUGUCAAUUGCCCGAAGCACAGUUGGUGUGGCAGCAUUGAAUGGCAAGUUGUAUUCAGUUGGAGGUCGUGAUGGAAGUUCCUGUUUGAGUUCAAUGGAAUAUUAUGAUCCUCACACAAAUAAGUGGAACAUGUGUGCUCCAAUGUGUAAAAGAAGAGGGGGUGUUGGUGUUGCCACAUGUGAUGGUUUUCUUUAUGCAGUAGGAGGUCAUGAUGCUCCAGCUUCAAACCACUGUUCUCGGCUGCUAGAUUACGUAGAAAGAUAUGAUCCCAAAACAGACACAUGGACCAUGGUGGCUCCUUUGAGUAUGCCCAGAGAUGCUGUUGGUGUCUGUCUCCUUGGUGACAGACUAUACGCUGUUGGUGGCUAUGAUGGGCAGACAUACCUCAACACUAUGGAAUCCUAUGAUCCACAAACUAAUGAAUGGACCCAGAUGGCUUCCUUGAAUAUUGGGAGAGCAGGUGCCUGUGUAGUAGUCAUCAAGCAACCUUGA